CCUCUUUCUAUGUUGUAAUAAAGUAAAUCAUAGAAAUAUUUAUACGUGUUUCAUUCGAAAUUGUAGCAACAGAUCUCAAAGCUCCUCCUCUUGGCCAUUUAUUCUCGGCGCUUUCUCAUGGCGGCAGAUCAUAAUCAUUUCGUCACAGAGACCUCUUUCUACAACCGAAUCGUUCUGAGUCAUCUUUUGCCGGCGAGUCUAUGGGAAACUUUACCACAUUUCCUCCAGACGUGGCUCCGGAAUUACCUCGCCGGAAACAUACUCUACUUCAUCUCCGGCUUCCUCUGGUGCUUCUACAUCUAUUAUCUUAAACUCAACGUUUACGUUCCCAAAGAUUCCAUUCCUACAAGAAAGGCUAUGCUUUUGCAAAUAUAUGUGGCAAUGAAAGCUAUGCCUUGGUACACUCUUCUUCCAGCUGUCUCUGAGUAUAUGAUCGAGCAUGGUUGGACCAAAUGUUACACUACACUUGACCAUUUCAACUGGUUCCUCUGUUUCCUCUACAUAGCUCUCUAUCUUGUUUUAGUUGAGUUUGGGAUUUAUUGGGUUCACAAAGAGCUUCAUGACAAUAAAUUUCUCUAUAAGCAUCUCCAUGCGACCCAUCACAUCUACAACAAGCAAAAUACACUCUCUCCAUUUGCCGGGCUCGCAUUCCAUCCGUUGGACGGGAUACUUCAGGCUGUACCGCACGUGAUAGCGCUGUUUAUAGUGCGGAUUCAUCUUAUAACACAUCUGAGUCUUUUGUUCAUAGAAGCCAUAUGGACAGCGAACAUCCAUGACUGCAUCCACGGUAACAUCUGGCCUGUAAUGGGUGCAGGAUACCAUACCAUACACCACACGACGUACAAGCAUAACUAUGGUCAUUAUACCAUAUGGAUGGAUUGGAUGUUUGGGUCUAUUAAGAAUCCUCUCUUAUUAGAAGAAGACAGUUUCAAUAAGGAAACAAAAUAA